CGCUUCAGUUCCAAUGUUUUCAGAAUGGAGUGGAGGCGUGGUGGAUUUGGAUGAUGCCUCUAAAUAUUAUCUAGUUUUCUCUGUCGUGCAUGUUUAGAAGUAAUGAAAUCUUAAUAUAUGUUUUGCAAGUGACACCAAUGUGCGAAUAAUUGCAAUAUGACUUCUCGUGGAUCAACUACACUACUCAAUUUCUUCAUUUUCAACUCCGAAUAUGGACCCCGCGAGGGGGAGGAAGAAAAGAAAAUAAUGUUCUAUCAUCCAAAUACAACUGACAUUGAUACAAAGAUCAAGAAUAUUGGGCUGAGUGAAGCCAUUGUAAAAUUUACAGAGACUUUCUCUGAUAAGCCAUGUGAAAGUGUACACACCCUGAAAACCAGGCAACUCUUUCUGGAACCAGAGCCCAACUUUUGGAUGGUGUUGACUGUCUCGAUUCCAUUUUCUGAGAAAACCAAAGAUGGCAAAUCUUACAUAGAAUACCGUGAAGACGACAUCCAAGACUCAGUGUUUGAGGCAGUUGUGAGGCAGUCCUAUCGAAUGUUUCAGUUCUUUAAUGGGACCUUUGAAAACAUUCUUGAAAGAGCAGAUCGCAAUGUCCAGUCUCUCAUACAACGCUUGGAUCAUUUCUUUUCAAGGUAUUUAUUAACACUCCGUCUACACCAAAGUGAUAUCCUUGAUGUGUUCAACGGCAUCCACUUCCUUCCGCUGGACAAGAACACGUACCUCCGCAUCCAGUGCUUCAUCAACCAUCUGGAAGCCACCUUCCCCUCAGUCAAGUACACCGCCUUCCUCUACAACGACCAGCUUGUCUGGAGUGGUUUGAACCAGGAUGACAUGCGAAUCAUGUAUAAGUACCUGACCACCAGCCUCUUCCCCUCUCACAUGGAGCAGGAGUUGCAUGGUGUUGGACAAUCUCGCUCCCCAUCUGCCGGACAGACACCGCACUUUGCUCAAUUUAUCGCUGGUCCCCCAAACUUGAAGGAUGAAGGUAACUUGGGGAAGAUCCCCCGAGUCUUCAUCAACACAGAGGAAGAGAAUGAGGAAUGCCAGCUGCUUGUUUACAAAGCCAUGAGCUCCAGUAUCUGUAUGCUGGUCAACACCAAGAAUACAGUAUCAUUUGACAUGUGUCGGAAGUUGGAUGGUUUCCUUGGUCCCCAGAUGAGCAAGUUGUCGUCUGACAUCAGCGAGCAGUACUCCAAGAGACCAGCAGCUCUCAGCACCACAGAUCCCCAGUUUAAGUAUAUCUACUUCAACCACAUGAACCUGGCGCAGAAGACCACAGUCCACAUCGAGAUCCGGAAACUCACGGGGGUCAACAUUCCCCAGGAGACCCUGCGACUACUGGCGGACAUCAAUGCUGACCUCACAAGGGGUAACGAGGAUGGUGAAACAAUAGUGAAGACACUCUCAGACUAUUGGGUGGUUGGGAAGAAAUCCGACCAGCGGGAGUUCUAUGUCGUCAUCAAUCAGAAGAAUGCCAAUCUCAUAGAAAUCAAUGAGGAAGUGAAGAAACUAUGCUCAAUGCACCUCAACAGUAUAUUCUUCCUGGACUGAUGGCCAUCACCUGUAAAUAAUAUGCAAUCUGUCAGGAUGCAUGUAUAAACUGUACACUAGUUGUGGACAUGCCUGGCCACAGACAGAAACAUGACAGUACUGUUGUCAUGUGUCAUGUUCAUAUGGACAGUUUAAUUUCAAGACAAAUAGGAUAUCCAAAUUGGUUUGAAUGUAACUUAUUUGCAUGUUUAAGCCGACAUUAUGGACAUAGGCAUUGUUUUGAAAAUAUUUCUUGUGAUCUCCAUCAAGGGCGUAGCAUACCUGUAAAGUGAUAAUACAUUAGAAAUAUUAUAGUGUUGCAAAUUUCAAGAUAUCAAGUUGUAAUAAUGCCAUUAACAUGUAUACUGGUAAACAUUAAAAAAUCCUGAAAAUGUUUUCUCCAAAUGAGCAUUAUUAUGACAUACUCACCAAGAUUUGUCCAGCUUGUCCAGUCCUACCAAAACAGCUUUAGCUACCUCUGAAGCAAGUAGCCAUGUAUCUGUCAGUCAUACUUCUCAACAAGAUCUUUUACAAUAGACACAUUAUCAGAAAAUCAGUUUAAGUAAUUUGUUAAUGUUACUAUUAUUGAUGUGAAACAUUUUGUUAGAUUAAUGGCAGAAGAUGGACAAAUAGAUGUUUAUCUCAAUGUUUGUUUGUUACUGAAAGAUACAAUCUUUCACACGCAGGUUUUGUGAACAAUGAUUAAUCAUGACAUCAGAGCAGAAUCGCAGAUAAAUACUUGAUGCACAGUUAUUGUGUAAAAGAGAAAUUUUCAUAACCAUUAUUUUUGUCAGCCCAAAUCAUCCUGCUUUAUUGUGUUGAUAAUUGUCCCAUGAGAUGCAAAAGCUGUUGUGCAAGUAGCUAUAAGUUGAAAGUGUAAUCCUGACUGUGUAUCAGCUGAGUGUCCUUCAGAUGAGAAUUACACAGAUAUACACUGUACACUGUAUAUAUAUUUAUAUGCCAGUGCAUGGACAGUAUGUUUAUUCUGCUGUAUAUUAAAUAUGUUAUUAUGGUAUUUUUUUGUAAAUAAAUUAUACUCAAAGAUU